AUGGCGCUGUAUGGUUAUGAUCAGGGAGUCUUUGGCGGCGUCGUGAUCUCCCCGGACUACCUUCGCGUACACGAACUAGAAGGCCCAUCAAGGACGAAUGUCCUCAGUACGGUGACGGCCAUCUACAACGUGGGCUGUUUCUUGGGUGCCGUGAGUGCUACAUACGCGGGAGGAAAGCUGGGCCGCAAAAGAUCAGCUAUCCCUGGGAUUGCUAUUAUGACCAUCGGGGCUAUACUUCAAACUACAUCCUACAGCGUUCCUCACAUAAUAGUGGGACGGAUCGUCUCAGGCAUUGGAAAUAGUAUCAACUCUUCCACUGUAUCUGUCUGGCAAUCUGAGACCGCCCCAGCCAGGUUGAAGGGAAAGCUUGUCAUUCUACAGAACGCCCUGCUACUCGUCGGCUUUUCAAUGUCUAACUGGAUCAUCUACGGUCUCGCUUUUGCUAACGGCCCUGCUGCCUGGCGCUUUCCACUAGCCUUCCAGCUCGUUUUCAUCAUCAUCAUGAUCUAUUUGGUCAUUCCAUGGCUUCCAGAAUCGCCAAGAUGGCUCAUCAUGAAUAAACGAGAUAAAGAGGCUCUAAAGAUCUUGUCUGACAUUGAGGGAAAGCCCAUGACUGACGCUUUCGUUCUCUCUCAUCACAAGCAGUAA